AGUCUAUCAACGAUCUUCAUUAGAUAUUAGUUGGCCGUGAAAAGCGUGAUUUUGUUUUCGGUGCAUGUUAAAUGAUAUAAAAAUUGGGAAAUAGGACGCUGAAAGGUCCUUGUCAACGUGGAUAUUAGUUUUGUUUCGGAACUAUUUAUUAAACUAUUAUUUAUUUGUGCGCGUGGACUUCGUUACUCACGUAAUUUAUUUGUUUUUGUUUAACUUUUGUUGUUAUUGAACUUUAAAGAAACAAAAGAGAGCCUGUGUUUAUUGAUAAUUCAGAAUAUGGAUUCGGCGGUGCCAUAUCAGUCUCAUUUUGGUUAUUCCUCAACCGAUAUGAGCUGGUCAUAUAAUUCAAACGUCACGCCUAUGAAACAAAUUGAAGCUUGUUUGCAGAGUGCUGGCAAAGACAGAAAAGCUUAUUCUCCGUUGGAUCAAGCAGAUGCUCUUUCACUAGACGACAAUGAUACCAACAGAAUAGAUAAUAACAAUAGAAUUAGUACCCAUAACAAAAAUCAUACAAACUUGAAUUCAACAAGUCCUGCAUUAGUCAACGCUGGUGCCAUUUUGGAAAUGAAACACCUUUGGGACGAAUUCCACAGCUUAGGAACAGAAAUGAUUGUAACAAAAGCUGGUAGAAGAAUGUUUCCAACAUUCCAAGUCAAACUGUGUGGACUUGACUUACAUUCAGAGUAUAUGUUGAUGAUGGAUUUUGUUCCUGUAGACGAUAAGAGAUACAGAUACGCUUUUCACAGCUCAAGUUGGGUGAUUGCAGGUAAAGCUGAUCCUGUUUCACCUCCUCGGAUACACGUUCACCCUGACAGUCCCGCUACUGGUGCGCAAUGGAUGAAACAAACCGUGUCAUUUGAUAAACUCAAAUUAACAAAUAAUCAACUGGACGAUAACGGGCAUAUCAUUUUGAAUUCGAUGCAUAGGUACCAACCAAGGUUUCAUAUAGUCUACUUACCUCCAAAGAAUGCCUCUUCUGAUGAAAGCUGUACUGAAAAUUUCAAGACUUUUGUUUUCCCUGAAACAUCGUUCACGGCUGUAACUGCUUAUCAAAAUCAUAGGAUAACCCAAUUAAAAAUAGCUAGCAACCCAUUUGCCAAGGGUUUUCGUGAUUGUGAUCCAGACGAUAGUUCGGAAGUAGUCACUCAACCUGCCCAGUCACCUAGAAAUAGGGCAACUUCCAGAUCUACUCCCAAUCACCUAACAAAUAAAGAUGAUGAUACUCAAGACCAAAUCCUUCAACCAUCAGACAACAGUCGCCAAUCCCAUCCUUCGAUGAUUUUCCAAAAUCGAUAUCAAAGUACCACCCAGUCAUCUGUUCAACCAUUGAUACAAUCAAAUUUAUUAACGAGCGGACUUGGUACAAUAGGACAACCUUACUCUACUGAUAUCUGUAAUUACGGACCAAUGUACCAUUCUCAUAAUAUGUUACAUAACUAUAAUCCUGUAUAUAGUAACGAAAACGCCAUGAGGACGCCGAAAUUUGGUAGAACGAUUUAUGGUAAUUUUCCAAGUACUAGUUUCUACGGUAACGGAUCUUUUAGAACCACGGGGCUGCAUCAAAACGGGUACGAUUUUACACCGAGAUGAUUUAUUUAUUAUUUUAGUCAUAAAUUCGAAAUAUCAUUGAUUGUUAGGCAGAAAAAAAUCUUUCGAAUAUUAUUUAUACACAAUAUAAAUAGUAUAGAAAAAACAAAUAAAAUAAAUUCAUUAUUUGAGUAACUAGACAUAUGAAAUAUACCGUAGCACACAAAUUCAAACUUGACUUGUUAUGAUAGUGGCCAAGAAACAUGCUAAAAAUUUUGAGGCAUGUAAAAUAUUCGUUAAAGAUCGUAACAAUAAUAAAAAAUGUAUCCCAUAAUUUACACACAAACACACACACACACACACUUUUUCCUUAUAAAUUAUUAUUAUUUAUUGAAGUGGUGGAGGUAAAACAGAAGUUGCUUUCAACGAAAUACAAUAUGUUGGAAAUGAAAAAUCAGUUUCGUUUGAAAAUAUAGGCUCUAUCACACGCGAAAGCCAUAAAUUCCAUCAUAUUGUAUUCUGAGAACCCAAAAAUCUCCGAAAUUAAAAAAAUCGCUUCCAAAUUUUUCACAAAGCAACAUUAUCAUUUUUAGAAUACUCUCCAUUAACACUAAUACAUUGAUUUCACCGGUGCUUCAACAGUUUGUUGUACUCAUCUGUAUAAAUUGCGGACAGCUUUUUCCUCGUUUUUCCUUGACCUAUUCAAUGUUGCAGAAUCGGUGUACUUUCAUUCUUCAUUUCAUGCGAGAAAAAUAAGAGAAAGUCAUAUAGGGUAAGGUCAAGCGAGUAACAACGUAACAAUGUUAUUGUCAUGGCAGAAGAUCCAGUCUUCUGUCUGUCAGAAGUCGGGACUUUUUGAUUAAUACUAUUGUUUUGUACAUUUUGAUACAUCUCUUGACCCGUCGGCAUUUCUUUUAGUCUAUAUAAAAUUAUCUUAAUGGUGAAAAUCACUUGCUAUAGUAUUUCAUGAGAAAUCUCUAUAAUUUAUGGUUUUACAAGAAAAGUUGCAUAAGGCAUAACGGCACAUAUAUCAUUAAUUAGUCUUUGAAAUUUAUAUCAAUUGUUUCACUUCACAAAACAAGAAAAGAACUUAAUUUUUUCCACUAACACUUAUAUGUUAAAAUGCUAUUUUUGAUCAUUGAAAAGAUCGCUAGUCACAAAGUGAUCAAUUUAGGGUUUUAAAUUAUUAAUUAUAAUUUAUUUGAAUAAUUAUUUUUGUAUAAAUUACCAACAUUCACAAUAGAAUAGUUGAUCAUUUUCCACUCAAUAGUGAAAGACUUCGAAAUAUCUUAACUUCCAUUUUAACUUACAACUUUUUUUGAUUUAAACGUUUUAACCCAUUGGUUCUCAAACGUUUCAUAGACCACUUUCAAAAUUUUGCGGGAUCCAGUACCCCCUUGCAGCUACAUUACUACCAAUUUUCAAAUCUCGAAAAAAUGUGAAUAUUAAAUCUAUGUACGGAAACUUGCGUUAAGGCUGAGUUUUAACGACAAAUUAACAGUUUUCGAGAAAAAAUGUUGAAAUUUGGUAAUAAAAUCAAUUAAGAAAAUUUUAAGUUAAAUUUUAUUCGGUGGUGCUAUGAGUGAAUAACAAAAAAGCAAAGUUGGUCAAUCAAAAAACUGACUUUAUCCAACUUUCCAUUUUUCUAAUCUACAGUGACUCACAGCACCAGAACCAAUCAAUUCUCGCAAAUUUUAGUUAGAAAACUUUCCAUUGGAGUGGUAAAAAGAAAUAUAGUAUAUUUUCUUAUGUGGUAGAUAUUUAUUCAAAUAUAUAAAUUAUUACAGUAUUAAUUAUUAUUGUAGUAACAGUCGUAAUAUAAUCAAAAUUGAACACUUAUAACAUAAUAUAAAUUCUACAAUGUUAAUUUUAACAUACUGUACUGAUUGACAGCAAAUUGUCAAUAUUUGUCUUGAGCAAUCUGCUUCUUUUUGUGUUUAUAAAUUUGUAACGGCACUGAAAAUUUUCUCGACAAGAUAUGACGAGUGAAACGUGAUCAGAGCUUUUGCACAAUCCUCAACAGUCCAAGAUAUUUUUCGGGUAUUUCUACCUGCAGCCAAAAUUUUUGAUACCUUCUUUUAAAUGUCACUUUAAGCUCUACAUUAGCGCUAAUCUCGAGUAGCUUUUCUGGUAAUAUCACAUUCUCUACUUCCAUUUUAUCGUAUAAAUUUAUGAUAGUGGUAUUUCCAUCGACAGAAUAUCUUUGAAUCUGAUUUUAGAAUGAUGCAGACCAAUAUAAGUCAAAAAGUAAAUAAAAUCUAGAUGAAUAUGCACCUUUCGAAAACCAGAGUGCUUCGAUAUGUAACAGCAAUCGUUGGAAGUCAUUUUCAUCACACAAUUAUUGCUUUACAUUGCUUCUUAUUUUGUUAACUGCAUUACUCACAAUUUGAAGCGAUUGGUGCAAUCUAUCACUAAAAUUUUUCGCUACUAGAUGUUGUUGGUGGAUAACACAGUAAAUUGCAAUUACCUCUGGUAUAAUUAUCCUAAGAUGUCUUAUCAUUCCCGAUAUCGCCCGACCAUAGCAGGAGCUCCAUCUGUUGCUACCGAAUCUAAUCGUUUAUUUAAAACAUAUUUUACGAAUCGCUUAAUAUAAAAUAAAUAUUAUGAUUGAGGGAAAUAUCUGAAACUAUUAUUGUUCAAGAGUCUCAACAUAAAUAUAGAAAAUGAUGAACAAGAAUAUUGAGAAUCUAUGAAACGUGAUUUAUUCCAUCUAGGAGAUAUGACGGUUUAUUUAGAUUUUACUUGUUGAAUAUUAAGAAGGCUAUUUUUUCCUGUGGGUCGUAAAUAGAAGAUGUAACGAGAUUAUUUUGUUUUACUUACUACAGUAACUAUGAAAUAUUUUCAUAACCUCUGCAUAAUCUGCCACCAGUGAACUAAGAUAAAUCUUUACAGCUUGUGGUCAAUCUCAUCUUUAUUUCUUGAAAAAGGUGAUGGUCAGUGUGUGUUAGAUUAGGAUCAGGUGGGUGGUCAUGUGAACUUUUGGAAAAGCUCUUUCAUAUUGUAAUGAGAACCAUGUCGCCAGAUGAAAGCAUACCUCUUCGUUUCGGACGUUAGGUCUCACAGUAGACUUCAUUUGUUUUAUUUUUGUUUUGUUGAUAGAGAGACUCGAGUCUCAUCUUCAGAAACCAUAAUCUUCAAUGAACUAUUUCUAUCGUUAUCAUAUCGUAUGAUAAACACAGUUCACUUUAGUUUGUGGCUCUCAUUCAACAUUUUUGAUCCAAUGGACAUACGGUUAAAAAUUUUCGGUAUCAUAGUUCUGUGGUUACAUUUAAACAGGAAAGUCAGUGGAAUUUAUAGAAAUUCUAAUGACAAUUCUUUAAUCGCAAAUCUUUGGGACUCUUUGGUCACUUGGUUAACAUAAUCAACCAAACUUGUAGUAGUGACAGUGCCCUUGUCAGCAGCAUUGUAUCGUCUAACUUGAAGAUAACACAAUUCGCUAUUCACUAUCUUUGAUCGUCCGUAUGUCGGUGAGGAUUGACCCUCACUACGUAAAUUACUUUUAAGAAGAACUGUAACUUGAAGAAAAACAUAACUCUAGUACUAUAGAAACAAAAAAGUAUGCACAAAAAUUUAUGAAUGUAUAUUUAAUUAUAAUUUUUAACUAUUAGAUAUUAAACAGCGACACGGCAAUCUAAAAUUUGAGUUAUUGAUAGUUUGAUUUGUGUGUUUUUUGUUGACAAUGGUCAAAGAAUCGCAUUUUUCAGUUUUAAUAGAUGAAAAUAAAAAAUGUACCAAUUGUUCAUGUAGAACUAGUCCGUUAUACACGGAAAAUGUAUUUAUUGCAAUAAUGUAGAUUAUUUUUACGUGUAAUGAUAAACUAUCAAAAUUGUACUGGAACUCUGUGUUAAUUUUUAGUGAUUAGAAUUUAGAGUAAGACACAAAUUAUUUUAAUACUGUAAAGCGUACCAAAUUUUAAUGCCAAAUAUUUUAAAGUGUACUUAUUAAAGAAGAUAUUUAUUUACACCAUAAAUUAUGUAAUAAAGUUGUAUAUUUUCUUCAAA